GUGAAGUAAGCAACAGGAACAAAGUUGUGGGACCUGAGUCCACAGCACCGUGGUGUUCACCCGUGAAAUGUAAUAAUAAUCUCCGUGUUUCCAAUAGAGACAGCCUGCCGUGUGUUGUAAAGUCUACGGCGGUUUUUGUUUUAAUUACGCAGAAAAAGGCGUAUUUUACGCUUUUUGGGGCACAUUGUGGAGACUGGAUGCGCUGGAGGACGGCUCUCUUUACUUAGCUGUUUCGUUAAGAAAAGUGGCUCGUACCUCGUGAAAAAUGCCGUAAACUAGUUGGAUGUACAUUUUGAACUUUUGAAUAUAUUUUACCUGUAUUUGCAUUCAAUCACGCUGCACGUUUUGGACUUGUUUGAAGGAGCACGUCCCCUGACUCAUCGGUGACAGCAGAGGUCUGUUGCUGAAUCACACAGUCUCAGCUUAAAAAGGAUUAAAUUUAUUGGUUGUGAUGGCUUCUAAAGGUGACACUGCGGAAGGAGGAGCCAAUGAGGAGUUUAACGACAUCAUCAAGUGGAGAUCUGAUGAGCAUGAUGCAGUACAGAAGAAAACCUUCACCAAAUGGAUAAAUGCACAGUUCUCCAAGACAGGGAAGUCACCAAUCAAAGAUAUGUUCUCUGACCUGAGGGACGGGAAGAAGCUGCUAGAACUGCUGGAGGGUCUUACUGGCACUGUUUUGACCAAAGAAAGAGGCUCCACCAGAGUACAUGCUCUUAACAACGUCAAUAAAGUACUUCAAGUCCUGCAUCAAAAUAAUGUUGAUCUGGUUAACAUAGGAGGGACAGAUAUUGUGGAUGGGAACCACAAGCUGACACUGGGCCUUAUCUGGAGUAUAAUCCUUCACUGGCAGGUUAAAGACAUUAUGAAGGACAUCAUGUCCAACCUGCAGCAGACAAACAGUGAGAAGAUUUUACUGAGUUGGGUACGCCAGUGCACCCGUUCUUACCCAGAAGUGAACGUGCUGAACUUCACCACCAGCUGGGCUGACGGCUUGGCUCUCAACAGCAUCCUACACCACUUCAGACCAAAUGCAUUCAGCUGGGAUACUGUGGUCAAAAUGAGCCCUGUGGAGAGACUGGACCAUGCCUUCACAGUUGCCAAAGACAAGCUGGCUAUUGAGAAACUACUGGAUCCAGAAGAUGUGGCAGUGCAGUUACCUGACAAGAAGUCCAUCAUCAUGUACAUUACGUCCCUAUUUGCUGUGCUUCCCAAAGACGUGAGCAUGGAGUCCAUCAGAGAGGUGGAGACACUGCCACGCAAAUACAAAGUGGAGUCUGAGGAUGCAGGUCCAGGCCUGGGCGCUCAGAUGAAGGAAGCAAGCAGCAGCCCCCGACCUGUGACCCCCACCACCCUGUCAGAGAUGGAGGGGGACAUGGAGGGCGGCCUGCUGGAGGUGGACCUGGACACCUACCAGACCACGCUUGAGGAGGUGCUGACCUGGCUACUGUCAGCUGAGGACACCCUGCAGAUCCAGGACGAGGUAUCUGAUGAUGUGGAGGAAGUCAAAGACCAGUUUCACACGCAUGAGGCCUUUAUGAUGGAGCUUACAGCACACCAAAGCAGUGUGGGUAAUGUGCUUCAAGCUGGAAACCAACUGAUUGCUCAGGCAAGUCUGACAGAGGAGGAAGAAGAUGAAAUCCGGGAACAGAUGAGCCUCCUCAACGCCCGCUGGGAGAGCCUCAGGGUGGCCAGCAUGGACCGCCAGGCCAGACUACAUGAGGUCCUGAUGGAGCUGCAGCAGCAGCAGCUACAGCAGCUCUCUGAUUGGCUGACACUAACGGAGGAGCGAAUCAGGAAGAUCGAAACAGAGCCUCCAGCCCAAGACGUGGACAUUUACAAAGAACAGAUAGAGCAGCAUAAAGAGCUGCAGAAUGACCUGGAGGCAGAGCAGGUGAAGGUCAACUCUCUGACACACAUGGUGGUCGUUGUAGAUGAAAACAGUGGGGAGAGCGCCACCGCUGCUCUAGAGGAGCAACUACAGUCUCUGGGUGAGCGCUGGGCGGCUGUAUGUCGCUGGACAGAGGAGAGGUGGCACAAGCUGCAGGAAGUCUUGAUGGUGUGGCAACAGCUUCUGUCUGACCAGAGUUUGUUCAGAGAGUGGCUGGCAGAGAAAGAGGAGGCCUUGAGUGAAGUACAAACAAGCAACUUCAAGGACCCGAGUGAAAUGAAUACUAAUGUGCGCCGAUUAGCAAUUUUAAAGGAAGACAUGGAAAAGAAAAGAAGAACUCUGGACCAGCUGUCUGAUGCAGGACAGGAUGUGAUAGCCUUGCUGCGGAGUCCUGAGGCUGGAGCUAAGAUCGAGGCAGACACAGAGGAGCUGGCACAUAGGUGGGACAACUUGGUGCAGAAACUGGAAGACUGCUCUUUUCAGGUUAUGGAGGCUGUGACAGAUGCCGGCAUGACUCAAAUGGAAGGGCAGGUUGUAAUGGAUACAGUCAACGUAGCUUCAGCUGCUUCAAACACUGACCAGGAGCUUUCUCCACCUGCUCCUCCUAAGAAACGACUGGUGGAGAUGGAUGCAGAAGUCAGACGAGUGUUUGAAAACAAGCUGUCUGACCUCCUAAGCUGGAUCAAAACAUGGAAGACGUCAGCUCAGGCACUGGCCUCCACACACCCUGAGACUACACCUGACACACCUGACCUGCAGGAGAAACUGAAGGGUUUGGAGAUGGACCUAGCCACGAAGGAAGCUACUGUGAGUCAAGUGAACCAGGAGGGACGAGCCUUGAUGGAGCAGCUUGAGAGAGAGGGAGUGAGCAUGGACUCAGUGAGGGCAGACCUCGACCUCGUCCAAACUGAGUGGGAUGUUUGCUCAAGAGAGCUGCAGGCAGCUGGGGAGAGAGUUCGCACUCAAAGCCGGGUCAGAGCAGUGUCCGCAGAGCUGGCAAACCUGGACCGAGGCCUUGGGGAACAGGAUGAGUGGCUGAACUCAACGCCAGCUGUAGAAAAGUGCAACGAGGCUGAGCUCAGGAGCCUGACCGGAGAAUGCCAGUCACGACUUGUCCAAGUCAACCUCUUAAGUCCUCAUUUGGAGCAGCUUUCUGCAGAGGUGCAGUCACUUGGAGCAGUGCCGGCUCUUAAAGACAACAUGGUGGUGGUGUCGGCUCAUCAUGCCUCCACACUGCAGCGGCUACAGAGCAGAGAACAGGAGUUCAACCAAGCUCUGGCUGAUCUCGAGGCCAAACAGAAGCUCCCCAGUGCAGUGGAGGGUCUAGAGGCGAGGCUGUCCACUCUGAGAGACGGACUAGUUGACAUCCCUACUGCUGAGGAGGCAGUGGAACGAGCACAGGCCCUGUGUCUGGACAUCGAGCAAACACAACAAGCCUCCGAUCCUGCAGAACUACAAAGAUGGAGUCAGCUCUCCUCCAGGGCCCGUGAGGAGCUGGGAAUGCUGCAGUGCAUCCUGGGAAGCAUGAAGGACAAUCAGGUGCGUUUGGUGGACGUUGAACGUUGGUUGGAUGGUGUUCAGGAAGUUUUGUCUAGUGAUGCAACUGGUUUAGGCGAAAAGGAGAGUCUAGAGGAAGAGCUUGACCAGUGCAAGGAGUACGUGAAUGAGAUGGAGUCGGUGGAAGGUUCCUUGAAGCAGAUGGCAGAGAAUGUGAGCGCUGUUCAGAUGGCUGCAGUCCCAGGACUCGCCAAGUGGGGGCAGGAUAAGCUGAAUGAGUGUCAAAGCAAAUGGGACUCGCUCAGCAAACAGCUACUGAGCCAUCAGGAACAUCUGGCCGAGAGUCGGGAGAGGCAGAUGAAUCUGAGGAAAGACUUGGCGGAGAUGCAAGAGUGGAUGGCCCAGGUCGAUGAAGAGUUUCUUAUGAGGGACUUUGAAUACAAGAGUCCUGAGGAGCUGGAGGCAUCGCUGGAGGAGAUGAAGAGAGCUAAAGAGGAUGUGCUGCAGAAGGAGGUAAAGGUAAAGAUCCUGAAAGACAACAUCAACACGCUGGUGUCCAGAUCAUCAACCCCUGGUGGACAGGAGCUGACUUCAGAGUUAGAGGGGGUUCUUGCCAACUACCACAAGCUGUGUGACCGCUUUAAGAGCAAGUGCCACACUCUAGAGGAGGUUUGGUCCUGUUGGAUGGAGCUGCUGCAGUACCUAGAUAUGGAGCAGAGCUGGCUCAACACUGUGGAGGAGAAGGUUCAAGCUUCUGACAACCUACCGGAGAGUACCGAGGCUGUGAGUGAAGCCCUGGAGUCUUUGGAGAGCACGCUUCGUCACCCUGGGGACAACAGGACGCAGAUCAGAGAGUUGGGUCAGACGCUGAUUGAUGGAGGAAUACUUGACGAACUCAUUGGCGAAAAACUAGAGGCCUUUAAUUCCCGCUACGAGCAGCUUAAUCACCAGGCAGUGAACAGGCAGAUCAGCCUUGAGCAGCAGCUGCAGACUCUGAAGGAGAACGAGCAGGCGCUGCAGACGCUGCAGGAAUCUCUGAGCCAGCUGGACCACACACUCACCUCCUACCUCACUGACCGGAUCGACGCCUUCCAGCUGCCACAGGAGGCACAGACCAUCGGAGCAGAGAUCGCAGCCCACGAGGUCACGAUAGAGGAGAUGAGGAGGAGGAAUGUUGCCAAUUUGCCUCCCCCCACCAGUGACGGCAAAGCUGCUCGAGGUGGAACCAUGCUGGACCAGCUACAGAGGAAGCUGAGGGAGAUCUCCACAAAGUACCAGCUGUUUCAGAAGCCAGCUAACUUCGAGCAGCGCAUGUUGGACUGUAAAAGGGUGCUGGAGGGAGCCAAAGCUGAGCUGCACGUUCUGGAUGUCAGAGAUGUGGACCCAGAGAAAAUCCAACCACACCUCAAUGGUUGCAUGAAACUAUACAAGUUGCUUAGUGAGGUGAAGCUGGAGGUGGAGACGGUGAUAAAGACAGGCCGACAGAUUGUGCAGAAGCAGCAGACUGAGAACCCCAAGGCGAUGGAUGAACAGUUAACUGCACUCAAGCUGCUCUACAAUGAUCUGGGUGCCCAGGUCACAGAGGGCAAACAGGAUUUGGAGAAAGCUUUGUCUCUUUCUCAAAAGUUCCAGAAGGAGAGCGCCGCCCUGCAGGAGUGGCUGACCACCAACGAGGCUCAGCUGCAGCAGAAGAACAGCAGUGGAGACAUGCCAGCUGACAUCGAUGCUGAGAUCGCCUGGGCUAAUGGCCUGCUGAAGGAGUCAGAGCGCCGUAAAGCUGACCUGUCCAGCCUGAUGGAAACCAGUGCGGGUCUGCAGACUCUGGUAGAAGGCAGCGAGGCUGAGCUAGAGGACAAAAUCUGCGGUCUCAAUGAAAGCUGGGGCCGUGUCCGCACCUGGACCGAGGACUGGCUCAGUGCUGUGCUGAGUCACCAAAGUGAAGUGGAAAUUUUUGAUGAGAACUUGGCCCACAUCAGCACCUGGUUGUACCAGACGCAGAUCCACCUGGACGAGGCUGAGCGGCUCGGCCCCACGGAGAGGGAGCAGGUUGUGAAGCGUAUGCUGGAUGAGCUGGAGGACAUCAGUCUGCGUGUGGACAACGUGAAGGACCAGGCUAUCAUACUGAUGACCAGCAGGGGGCCGGCCUGCAGGGAUGUGGUGGAGCCAAAACUGAAUGAACUCAACGUCAACUUCGACAAGGUGUCUCAACACAUUAAAACUGCACAGAUGAUGACCAGUCUGGAGUCAGGUGGUGUUGGACUGAACCAGCAGGCCUCUCAGCAAGUCAUCCACAAGCAGGAGGUCCAAACAGAGAGUCAGAACGAGACUCGUCCCGCUGAGGCUCCAGUCCUCGGCGAGGUAAAAGACCUUCAGGCAGAGCUUCAGGACACGCUUAGGGCUCUGCAGCAGCAGCAGGAAACAGGAAUUGUCCUGGAUGAUGACAAGAUGGACGAGGAGAAAGCGAGUGUGGAGGACCUGCUGAGAAGAGGAGAAGAACUCCUGCAGCAAACUUCAGACGAGGGUCAGAGAGAGGAGCUGAGACUUCUCCUGAUCCGGCUGCAGAGCCAGUAUUCCUCUCACAGGGAGUUUAGAGUGGUACGAAUCAGACAGGUGGGAGUCUCUGUGGAGUCUUCAUCGACUCAAACAGUCACAGAACAGACAGGAGAGUUCCCAGGAGAGGAGAUGGCGUCACUGCAGCGUAGCAGCGCUCCUUCUCUGAGUCCCUCUGACUACCUGUUGGACAUCAACAAAGUGCUACUCGCCAUGGCCGACAAUGAGCUGCUGCUGAACUCCUCAGAGCUCAGCGGGGGGCGCUAUGAAGACUUUUCCAGCCAAGAGGACACACUGAGGAUUAUUAAAGAAAACCUGGAGCGUCUUGGUGAGCAUGUCACAGGGAUCCAUGAGCGGCAGCCUGACGUUGUUCGGGAAGCUUCUCCUGCUGAGAUUGCACAGAUCGGUGAUGCACUCACACAGCUCAACGCAGAGUGGGACCGUAUCAACCGCAUGUACAACCACCGCAAAGGGAAUUUCGACCGAGCUGUAGAAGAGUGGAGGCAGUUCCACUGCGACAUGAACGACAUGAGCCAGUGGCUGUCUGAUACAGAAUCACUGCUGUCUGAGACCGUCGGCCCGGACGGACAGCUGGACUUAGACUCUGCAAGACAACAUCAGGAGGAGCUAGAGGAAGGACUUGUGAGCCACCAGCCUGUCAUGGCUAUGCUGACCCGCACUGGGGACCAGAUUAUCAGGCAGCUGUCCUCUCCUGAUGGAUCCCUGCUGGAGGAGAAGCUGGACUUCCUCGGUCAGCGUUGGAGGGCUGUGAAUCGCCAUGUUCUCGAUAGACAGCGCAGGCUGGCUGGAGGGGAUCCGGCCCUGUCAGACCUAGUGAGGAGACGUGACGAGCUGGCCGUGUGGCUGCAGCAAACGGAAAACGCUGUCAGCUCCUUACCCGUCACCGCCACCGACGAAAACCUCAGAGAACUCAAGGCCCUCACUGAGGAAAUGGAUGCACACAACGAACGCCUCGGAUGGCUUAACAAACACGCUCCUCAGAUCCUGGCCAGUCCAAGUGUGAACCCUCAGAGCAGAGACCAGCAUGUGGGCAAAUUGAGAGCCAUCAACCUCAACUGGAGCAAGGUGACCCAUGAGUUGUUGGAUAAAGUUGGGGAGGUCGAGGCCAACCUGCAGAGUCAUGCCCAGUUCCAGGACAGGAUGAACAGACUCACUGACUGGGUGGUCGUCACACACCAGACAAUAGUGACCCGAGGCCUGAACUCCAGCCAAGCACUGGCUCUGGAGGCAUCCAUGAGGGACAGAAAGAGAGACCUGGAGGACUUGUUGGCUCAUUCUAUAGAUCUUCAGAGACGGCAGCAGCUGCUGCCUCAGGAAAAGGGUAAGGUGGAGCAGCUGGCAGCUGAUUGGAAAGCUCUGGAUGUUCGACUGAGGGAGUCUCUACAGCCGCCUGUCUCUCCGUGGAUGCAGCACCCCCAGGUUGUCCAACACCAGCAACUGGUUGUGUCUGCAGUCCCCUCAGCUGUACAGAUGGCCAGCCUGGUGAGCGAAGACCCCCACCACCAAACCCCACACACGCCGGACACUGUGGCGCCCACCGACCUCAACGAGACGGCCACUGAGCUGGCGGACUGGCUCCUGCUCAUCACACAGAUGCUCAAGUCUAAUAUUGUCACCGUUGGGGACACGGACGAGAUCAGGACCACUAUGGGACGACUGCAGGUGACAAAGAACGACCUGGAACAGCGUCACCCACAACUGGAGGAUAUUUUCACUCUGGCACAGAACAUCAAAAACAAGACCUCCAACCUGGAUGUCCGCACAUCUAUAACAGAGAAAUUGGAGAGGGUCCGCAGCCAGUGGGACAACACUCAGCACGGCGUCGAGGCACGGCUCCAGCAGCUUGACAACAUGAUUGGACACAGCAACCAGUGGGAGGAGCAGAGGAAGGAGGUACACGCUCUGAUCGGGCACAACGAAGGACGAUUCCACCACCUUCUUCAGCAGGGCAGAGAUCCCCUGACUAAACAGCUUGCUGACAGCAAGGUGUUCCUCCAAGACCUGGGCCGAGGCCAGGCUGCAGUCGCGGCCUUCAAUGAGCUGUCCAAUCAUCUUCUGCAGGAGUAUUCGACUGACGACACGCGCAGGAUCAAAGAGGUCACAGAUGCACACAACGCUGCCUGGAAUAGCAUCAAUAACAGGGCUAGUGACCGACAUGCUCAGCUGGACAGUGACCUGAAGGGUCUGCAGAUGUCCCUCAGGGAGCUGGAGUCCUUUCUCAAAUGGCUCCAGGAGGCAGAGACCACCGUCAACGUUCUGGCUGAUGCCUCUCAGAGGGAAGACCUGUCGCAGGACUCUGCCCACGCCAAGGAGCUGAGAAGGCAACUGGAGGACAUCCAGGCUGAGAUCGAUGCCCACAAUGACAUUUACAAGAGCGUUGAUGGGAACAAGUCAAAGAUGGUCAAGGCUCUUGGCAGCUCAGACGAAGCUGUGUUCCUCCAACACAGGCUGGAUGACAUGAACCAACGAUGGAGUGACCUGAAGGUCAAAUCAGCCAAUAUCCGAGCUCACCUGGAAGCGAGUGCCGAGCGUUGGUCUCGUCUGCUGGGCCUCCUGGAGGAGCUGUGGAGGUGGAUCUGCAUGAAGGAUGAGGAGUUGGCGAAGCAGAUGCCCAUCGGAGGAGACGUGCCCACCCUUCUGCAGCAGCAAAACCACUGCACGGCUCUCUGCUCAGAACUGAAGGAACGUGAACAUUUGGUCAUCAACACUUUGGAUCAAGCCCGCUCAUUUCUCGCCGACCAGCCCAUUGAGGGUCCCGGAGAGCCACGCAAGAACCUGCAGCCAAAGACAGAUCUCACCCCAGAGGAGAAGGCCCGAGGUUUGGCCCGUGCCAUCCGCAAGCAGACGGGAGAGGUGAGGGAACGAUGGGAGCGUCUGAAGGCACACAUGGGCGGCUGGCAGAGCCAGGUGGAGCAAGCCCUGGAGCGUCUCCAGGAGCUUCAGAGCUCCAUGGACCAGCUGGACUUGCGGCUGACCCAGGCGGAGGAGGCCAAAGCUGCCUGGCAGCCAGUGGGGGAUCUGCUGAUCGAUUCUCUGCAGGACCACAUCGACAGGACCAUGGCUUUCAGAGAGGAGAUCGCCCCGUUACGUCAGGAUGUCCGAAAUGUAAAUGAGCUUUCUGCGGAGCUGACGCCAUUAGACAUCCAGCUUUCCUCCACCGCCUCCAGACAACUGGACCAGCUUAACAUGAGAUGGAAACUGCUGCAGGUGGCUGUAGAUGACAGGCUGAAGCUGCUUCAGGAAGCCCAUCGAGACUUUGGCCCUUCCUCUCAACAUUUCCUCUCAACUUCUGUGCAGCUCCCCUGGCAACGUGCGGUUUCUCAGAAUAAGGUUCCUUAUUACAUCAAUCAUCAGACGCAGACGACAUGCUGGGACCAUCCAAAGAUGACAGAGCUCUACCAGUCACUUGCCGACUUGAACAACGUGAGAUUCUCAGCGUACCGAACAGCCAUGAAGAUCCGCAGACUACAGAAAGCACUGUGCUUGGACUUGUUAGACCUCAGCGUGGCCCAGAAUACCUUUGAGCAGCACAAAAUGACCAACAACAACCAGCUGAAGUCCGUUCCUGAUGUCAUCAACUGCCUGACGUCCAUCUAUGACGGCCUUGAGCAGGAGCACAAAGACCUGGUUAACGUGCCACUCUGCGUGGAUAUGUGUCUCAACUGGCUGCUCAAUGUUUAUGACACCGGCCGCAGCGGGAAGAUCCGUGUCCUGUCCAUGAAGAUCGGUCUGCUCUCUCUCUCAAAGGGACACCUGGAGGAGAAAUACAAAUACCUCUUCAGCCAGGUGGCAUCAGCAGGCGACACGUGCGACCAGAGGCAGCUGGGUCUGCUGCUCCAUGAAGCCAUCCAGAUCCCAAGGCAGCUGGGCGAGGUGGCUGCCUUUGGAGGCUCCAACAUCGAGCCCAGCGUCCGCAGCUGCUUCCAGCAUGUGACCAAUAAGGUGGAGCUGGAGCCGCGUCAGUUUAUUGAUUGGAUGCGUUUGGAGCCUCAGUCCAUGGUUUGGCUCCCUGUCCUUCACAGAGUGGCUGCAGCAGAGACGGCAAAACAUCAGGCCAAGUGUAAUAUCUGCAAGGAGUGUCCCAUCGUCGGCUUCAGGUAUCGCAGUCUGAAGCAUUUCAACUACGACGUUUGUCAGAGCUGCUUCUUUUCCGGGCGCACUGCCAAAGGCCACAAGCUCAACUACCCCAUGGUGGAGUACUGCACACCGACAACAUCAGGCGAGGACAUGCGAGAUUUCACCAAAGUGCUGAAGAACAAAUUCCGAUCCAAGAAGUACUUCGCCAAACAUCCUCGGCUUGGUUACCUGCCAGUCCAGACCGUUCUAGAGGGUGACAACCUUGAAACCCCUGUCACCCUCAUCAGCAUGUGUCCGGAGCAGUACGAGCUGUCCCAGUCACCUCAGCUUUCUCAUGAUGACACCCACUCCAGGAUAGAGCAGUAUGCCAGCAGGUUGGCCCAGAUGGAGCGCUCCAACGGCUCUCUGCCUACAGACAGCAGCUCAGCCACAGGAAGCAUGGACGACGAGCAUGCUCUGAUCCUGCAGUACUGUCAAACGCUGGGUGGGGAGGCCUCCCCCUGCAGUCAGCCCCAGAGUCCUGCCCAGAUCCUUCAGGCUGUGGAGAGGGAGGAAAGAGGCGAGUUGGAGAGGAUCAUAGCUCGUCUGGAGGAGGAGCAGAGGACUCUGCAGAGGGAAUAUGAGCAGCUUAAGGAGCAGCACGGCCAGCGUUCAACCCCUGCUGGAGGCCCCUGGGAGUCAGAGGGUCCUUUGCCUCAUCCGGAUGAGGCAGAUCUUCUUGCCGAGGCCAAGCUGCUCCGACAACACAAGGGUCGGCUGGAGGCCCGAAUGCACAUCCUGGAGGAACACAACAAACAGCUGGAGUCUCAGCUCCAUCGCCUGCGACAGCUCCUGCACCAGCCGGAUAUGGACUCGAGGGUAAACGGUGUGUCGUCUCCCACUGUGCCAGAUAGGGGCCCUCUUACUGAAAACUCAGAUGAGCUGCUGGACUCCCACAACAGCAGCUCUGACCUGGCAGAUGUAAUGGAGCAGAUUAACAACUCCUUCCCUGCAUGCAGUCCCUCAAGCCUCUCCUCAAGGCCGCAGGUGAUGUGAGGACAGUCACCACAAAGGAUGGCGUGUUUGUCUGUAAGCGAGGGAUGGGACCAUUCCCAAACAAACAAUCCCCCCCAAACCACCACACCCUGACCCAAAAUCCCAAAGACGCACAGGACCAGACGACUUAACUUCGACCACCUUGUCUUGUACUAUGCAAACUGUACAUUUUUAUGAACUGUAGAUUGUACCUGAACAUUUGUCAGUGGUUUGUUUAGAUUUAAAGAAGAGUUAUUCGACACAUUCGGGGCUUUGUAUAGUCAAAUAUUUGUUUAUCAGAUGGUGGUUUAAGAUUUUGAUUUUGUUUUUAUUAAUUUCUGCCUUCACUGGGAAUUAAUCUGUUACAUGUUUUUGUCAUUCCACUGAUUUGUGCCCUUCAGCCACUAAAUGACAAUUUUCUGUGAACAAAAGUAGCCACAUGUUUGCUCCAAAGUAUGAAACAUCUAAUGGCUGAGAGGAUUAUUUUAAAAAUAGAAGCGUCUGUUUUGUUCUGGAGAUCUAUCCAUAGCAUGCUCGAUGUCAAGUUCCCCUUUAAAUUUCUGGCAGACUUAUCAUCGACUGCGAUUUGUUAAUGUAAACUUUACCCCUUCUGUGCCUAUACAGUCUGUCAUCCACGUUUAAGACAGGAAUGAAAGUGAUGAAUUAAAAGUGGGAUUGUGCAUAAAGAGAACGGUCUUGGAAAAUAAAGAUUUAAAUCUAAAGUCUGGGUUUGUAAGAGGCCCAUUGUCUUUAUGUAGAAUAGUUUUUUAAAGAUAUAUGUUCAGAAAUCAGAGGAAAGCCAUGAUUGCCUUGCUACCUCAGACUCAUAGACACAGUUUAGUUUUUCGUGGUUUGUAAACUUGUGAUCAUUUACAGAACAAGAACAACCUGGUUUAGCAUUUAAGCUUUAGCUUACUGUAUUGGUGUACACUGCAACGAGGAGAUACCAAGUUUAAAAAAAAAAAAAGUUCUUAUUACUGUAUCACAACAGGUGUGCGGCCUGCUGAAGCUAGCCACCCAGUCUGACGAGUAUUACUUUACCUGUUGUUUAGUUUUUUUCCACUGGCCUUUGAGCACUGGUCCCUCACUGCGUUGUGUUAUUGUGCUACAUGCUAUCCUGUAAAACUUGUGAGACUGAACAACACUACUAUAACCUCCUCUGACUGUAGACUAAUGAUGAUGGUGAUGAUUUUAAUUAUUCCAAUCAUGAUGAACCGUACCAUGAAAGAACUGUGUCGUUUCUCCUGAGGUAUGUAAAAUAGAUUGACCACACUACGUGUAAUAUGGCUACGUUGUUUUAUUCUAAAUAAAAUUUUUAUAA